AUGAACAACAACAACGACAAGCUCUCUGUCAGAAACAAAACUCGUUUCAAGAACACCAAUUUGAUCACAAGACAAAAGACCAUUCUCAAGAAGGCUUUAGAGCUCUCAAUCCUCUGCGAUAACGAAAUCUGUGUCAUCCAUUACGAUCGUGAAGGAAAUCUCGUCGAAACUUACCCUGAAGAACAGAGCAAAGUUGAAGACAUUCUCGGGAGUUAUAACAGUUUAGGCGACAGAGAAAAACUCAAGAAAAACACGAAUCUUUCUCAGUUCUGUAACAAGAAACUCGUUGACGAGAAGAAAAGAUCUCUUACUAACGCAGAGGAACACAACAAGUUCACAAAGAAAGUUGGAGAGUUCGAGGGUUCUUUGGUCGAUCAGUUUCAUAUAUUACAAGACAGGAUGAUCAAUAUCAUCAGACCACAGCCGAGCCCUUCUCUUGAUGUUAUCUCUGAAAAAGAUCACAACUUUCCGGCGUCUUCUGGCUUCACCCUCGCCAAUGAUCUUGAUCAACAACAACAAGAGACAAGAUCGGUAAUGAAUCUUCUCAUGAGUGGUGAUCAUCAUGUGUCUGCAAGUACCGAUCAACAAUACCUCCUGAGCCCUCCUUCUUCUUCUUCCUCAACCGCAUGUUCGUUGAAUCAACAGAGCAAAUUCUCAGUCUUUGUGUUUAACCACGAAACGGCUACGUUUACUCAGCUUCCCAACUCUGUUUCUUCAAGAUUUGACCAAGGGUUGACUCCGUAUACCAACAAUCUCAGUACAGGUUUACAUGGGGCACAAGGGUCGAAUUUUGUGUAUGACCACAAUCUCAACGCACAAGAGUUCAACUUUGGGUGCAACAACAAUCUCUGUACAUGA